AUGGCCAACAUGGUGGGGAUGCUAUAUACUAAAGCUGGUAGAGCGAGAGCUGUGGAGCGCCGGGUGACGAGUCGUGCUCACUUAAUUGCUACGAGCUACCGGCUGGCACUGUCCUCGCCUCAAUUACUAGCCAAGAACACCGUUCCAUGGGAACUUCGGAAACAGUAUCGGAUGAUCCUGUACCUCGUUGUCGCCGCCGGUUGCUGCGUCGUUUACGAUAUGCUCAUUCAUCUCGUCGCCGAGACGUAUUAUGCAGAUCGAGUACAUUUGGAAGGCAUCGCACUCAUGGAUGAAGUGGAUAUAUGUUUCAUCAGGCAUUUCCCAUACGUUGUUCUUUUGUCAAUGGUCCGAUUUUUUCCUGGAGAAAACGGCAGCAGUCCGCUGUACUCGAACCAAUGUCGAGGGUUGACUAUAUACCAAUUCGUCGCGAACGAAGCGCUGAUCAUAGCUGUCGAGGCCGUCCUGAUCGCGCGAGUCUGCGCCAUGUUUAAUUGCAAUAGGCCAGUCGUCGGCCUCGUCAUUGCGCUUUUCGCCAUGGAAGUCGCUGCCAUGAUCACCAUUCUCGCUUUCAGCAUACCCCAAAUUCAGUUCAACCCGACAUGCCUGGUCACACAUGCCCCCAGUAUCUUCACGUCCUACUGGUGCGUCGGACGUCACUUCCAAGUUAUAUUGAUCUCAAUCAGUCAGAAGGGAAGCUCCGUGUUGUACAUCCUAGUGCGAGAUGGAAUGUGGGCAUACACUCUCAUCUUUGCUAUCAUGCUGUAUAACUUACUGUGCUAUCGUUUCAUGGAUAGCCCCCUCGUGGGGCUCUGCUUUUGGUCACGUCAGCGUCGCAGAUCCCACGUCUGCCUCAACUUGCGACGGGUCAGUUACCGCUCGGAUGAAUCUGAAGGGACGACUUUGGAGCUACUCGGCAGUAUCGAAUUCGCCGGCCGCUCAAUGUCUGUUGAAGACUGGAUGUCAGAGACAGUGAUUAUUAGCACUGCCGGGGAUGAUAUGACAUGAACUUUUAUGAAACGUUGACGAGUAUAUAAAUGAAACAUUAGACUGUGCUACGUGCUGUAUCAGUCCUGUCGUUAUUUAUCGUUAUCCGAGAGCGUAAUAAUUACUCUUCUAAUACCCGCCUAAGGAGAUGCGAUUCUAUACGCCUAAAAAUACACAACAUACCGCAUCUCAUUAAAUAAUACCAUAGUGCACGUAGUUCUCGCCUCAAACAAAUAAUUUCAUGACAGCACAUCUUCAAAUCGCAAACACGGUAGCAUUGCUCUCGACGUGAGUGUUCACCGGUCGUUCAUACUGUUGCGGCCGACUGAGCAGAGAUCGAGGCUCCAGAUGGAAC